CCCCCAGGGGCGGUCUAAGGGCUUGGUGUCGACCUCCUCCCGACUCCCGCGGUUGGGGAGUGGACGCAGUGGGGGGUGGGUUGGGGGCAGCGUCCGGAGUCCCGAAGACAGAAGGCAGAGACCCCCCUAUCCUAUCCGGAUUAUUGGAGGAGAGAGAGCCCCCCCCAGUUUGAGGAAGGGGAGAGCUGGGUGUUGAACGCCCCCUGCGGCGGCCGCUGUCCUGAGCUACCGGCAUCGGCCGGCUCUCCCCCUCCUGCCAGGACUACAUGAGUGAGAGGCCAAGGACCUCUGUCCUUCAGCCUCUGCACCCCUCAGCUCCUGGCUCAAGACUGACCCAGGGAGGGGACACUCCCCACCUUCCCCCUCAGCCCUGGAGAAGAGACUGCCUUUCCACUCUGCUGAGUGAGGGGCCCAGGGCCAAGUGCCAGGCUGCCUCUGCCCCACCACAAGGGCGAACACUCGCAACCUCUUGCUGGAUUCAGGCCGCCCUCCCUGACAUGGAGAGUAACCUGUCUGGCCUGGUGCCUGCUGCUGGGCUGGUGCCUGCGCUGCCACCGGCAGUGACCCUGGGGCUGACUGCGGCCUAUACGAUUCUGUAUGCCCUGCUCUUCUUCUCCGUCUAUGCCCAGCUCUGGCUGGUACUCCUGUAUGGGCACAAGCGACUCAGCUAUCAGACGGUGUUUCUGGCACUCUGUCUGCUCUGGGCUGCCUUGCGUACCACCCUCUUUUCCUUCUACUUCCGAGAUACCCCUCGAGCCAAUCGCCUGGGGCCCCUGCCCUUUUGGCUUCUCUACUGCUGCCCUGUCUGCCUGCAGUUCUUCACACUGACGCUUAUGAAUCUCUACUUUGCCCAGGUGGUGUUCAAGGCCAAGGCGAAGCGUCGGCCAGAGAUGAGCCGAGGCUUGCUGGCCGUUCGAGGGGCCUUCGUGGGGGCCUCGCUGCUCUUUCUGCUGGUGAAUGUGCUGUGUGCUGUGCUGUCCCGCCAGCGCCGGGCACAGCCCUGGGCCCUCCUGCUGGUUCGAGUCCUAGUGAGUGACUCCCUCUUUGUUAUCUGCGCGCUCUCUCUUGCCGCCUGCCUCUGCCUUGUCGCCCGGCGGGCUCCUUCCACCAGCAUCUACCUGGAGGCCAAGGGGACCAGUGUGUGCCAGGCUGCUGCAAUGGGUGGUGCCAUGGUCCUACUCUAUGCCAGUCGAGCCUGCUACAACCUGGCAGCCCUGGCCUUGGCCCCUCGGAGCCGACUGGAUGCCUUCGAUUAUGACUGGUACAACGUCUCUGACCAGGCGGACCUGGUGAAUGACCUGGGGAACAAAGGCUACCUGGUGUUUGGCCUGAUCCUCUUUGUGUGGGAGCUGCUACCCACUACACUGCUGGUGGGCUUCUUCCGGGUGCACCGGCCUCCACAGGACCUGAGCACCAGCCGCAUCCUCAAUGGGCAGGUCUUUGGCUCCCGUUCCUACUUCUUCGACCGGGCUGGGCACUGCGAGGACGAGGGCUGCUCCUGGGAGCAUAGCCGGGGCGAGAGCACCAGCAUGUCUGGUAGCCUAGGCUCCAGCAACUGGUACGGCGCCAUCGGGCGGGAGCCAGGCUGGUGCGGGGGCAGCCAGACGCGGACCACUCCUCUGCUCUUCUCCCAGGUGCUGGGACCAAGCAGCCACCACCACAGCCUCUACUCUACCCCACAGACGUGAUCUUCCUCCACCUCUCCCCAGAACACCCAGACCCCAGUCCCUCCCACCCCAGGCCCCUGUGCCAAGUUCAUCUGCUGCUUCUUGCCUAGGAUCCCGGGGGGGAGGGGGGCAGGCUGCCUCCUCCCCUGGCCAGCUCCUUGCUACUUCUAUUGUAGUGAGUUUAUGCUGUCCCCUAGGAUGGGGGAGCAUGGCUCUGGCUGCCAGAUGCCCACAGCACCCUGGCAUGACCUGCCACCUCCACAUCUACGGCUGGAGCCAGCUCCCCAUCCUGCACCUGCCACUCAAUAAAAGUGUCUGUGCCCCAC